CGCCCUCCAGCGCCUCUAGAGCACCCAGAGCCCACCUUUCCCCGUCGUCUACUACAUCCCCACCCCGCCGCCUCUUCAUCAUGUCCAUGAACAUCGACAAGCCCCUCGACGACGUCAUCGCCGAGAAGCGCAAGAACCGCGGCCCGCGCCCUCGCCGUGGCGGCUCGCGCAACGGCGCGCCCGCCACCACCCACGCCCAGGCCGCUGCCCCGGCUCCUGCCGCCGGCGGUCGUGGCCCGCGCAACGCCUCGCGCAACGACAACAACGGCACCGCCGCCGCCGCCGCCGCCACGUCGUCGCCUCACGUCGGCGACAAGAUCAUCGUCUCGAACCUCCCGACCGACGUCGACGAGCGCCAGAUCAAGGAGCUGUUUGCCACCACUGUCGGUCCCGUCCGCACCGUCUCGCUGUCGUACAACGCCCAGGGCCAGUCCAAGGGCGUCGCGACCGUCCAGUUCAACAAGUACGAGCACGCGACGAGCGCCUACGCCCAGUACAACAAGAGGCUCAUCGAUGGUGGUGGGUCGCUGCUGUUCCUCUAGCCUGCCCCCUCCCCCCUCCUUUCUCUUCCCCC